AUGUCUACACCUUCUCCGCCGGCAGCCACGGGAGCCUCAGCCGUCAUUGCUGCCAGAAGCUCCGUGUACAAACCUUUGAAUUCAUGGCAGACCCGCCUCAUCAAGCUUUUGCCAGGACACGAGGCCGAUCCGUUAAGAUGCGAACUGCACGCUGCAGCUAUCAUAAACGAAGCAGGGCUUGGAGUCGCCGAGGUUUACGACGCGGUUCAAUACACGGCCCUAUCCUAUUCCUGGGGCCAUCCCACAUGCACGGCGCCAAUCGAUUGUAACGGCGUCCAGGUUUUCAUUCCACCUCCGCUAGCGGACGCACUGAGGCAUGUCCGUCACGUCGAUAAGCACAGGUGGGUGUGGUGCGACGCUCUUUGUAUCGAUCAACAAAAUACGGACGAGAAGGCUGCGCAGGUCAAGCAGAUGCUUCUAAUCUUCCGCAAGGCGGAAAGAGUGAUUGCUUGGAUCGGCACCAUGUCUGGCCCCGUCAUACGGACCUUAGCUAAAGUGAUUGGUCAACCUGUCGAGAAUGUACGCCACUGGCGAUACGACCCACAGGAAAUAAAGGCGGAUCGGGUUGAAACAGUAAAGCUGUUGUUGCAAAGACCCUGGUUUCGCAGAACUUGGGUCCGUCAAGAAGUAUAUGCUGCUCGCAGACUAGAUCUCCAGGUUGGUCACCAUUCAAUGCUUUUCGGCAACUUUGUCGACUUCGUCAAGACGUGCAGAGAGAUGACGCCACAGCUGGACAGUCUUUCGUCGAGUCGACUCGAUGCUGAAUUCCAGGGUCAAGCCUCUUUAACUACUCUGGCAUUUUGCGUGUUCGGUGAUAACAAGGACUUUGAUGCCUCGGAUGAUCGAGACAGAAUAUACGGUUUGAUCGGAAUGCUAGAACGAGCAAGGACAGGCGACGCAGCUGGUCCGGAAGGCUGGACAGACCAGCUACUACAGCGAUUUCCUAUCGACUACACCGAAGGUGUGACCGCGAGCGUGGUUUACCAGCGCUUCAUGUCAUUCCUGAUGGCUUCGGAGGAUAAACUAAAGUGUCUGGAAACGUCUGGCACCCGCUACUCGAGCGCAAACAUGCCCUCGUGGGCUAUCGAUUGGAGAAAUAGUGACUUUCACUACGGCGCGUACCAAAACCUCCAUUUCUGGAUUAGCGGCGUUCCUGGUCGGUAUUACAACAAGGCAGAGCUGGCAGACCCUGACUUCUGGGAGUUGCCAGUGGAGGCCUAUGGAAAGGAGGAGUGGACACCACCUCAAUAUCUGGAGACUGAGAACCAGCUCCGUCUCAAGGGCGCCCGAUUGGGGGCAAUCAAUUCAUCACAAAUCAAGGAUGUGCCGCCGGAAGGCUGGAGAUGGUACUAUGAAGAAAGAAUCGCAUAUCGGUAUCGUUCUAAGUUUAUUGAGGAGCGCCGGCGCUUGGAUCGAAUGUUGUUUCAUAAGGAUUUCAAGGCCAUGAUUGUCUCUGAUGAUGGUGUUGUCGAUGACUCGGACCACGUCCUGGCUGGAAGGUGUGGAGUAGUGGUUACCGGAGACGUCAAAGACGGCGACUUGGUCGUACAGCUGGUCGGCUCCAAGAUGGUCCACAUCUUAAGACCCACAGACAAGGAAGGGACAUUCUCUCUGGUUUGCGCCGGCUGGUAUUGGCGCCUUCCUACCACUGCCGAGAAGUUAUAUUCAGAAAGCAUAGGGAGAACGCUGCCCGUGGAGAAGCCAUAUGCCUCCGUAUUCGACGUAUCCGCCGAUUUCAUCUUUUACUGUGACAUCCAGAAUUUCGCCAAUUCUCUACCAGGGUUAAUCGGAGAGUCUGAAAUAGGACCGACACGCUGGGAGAGGUUUGAGAUUAGGGUGGUGGAAGCUACAGGCGGCAUUCACCAGGCCAAUCGUUAUGGUCAUCCUUUCUAUGUACACCCUUCGGACGACAGUGUUUCGGAGGAGUUUACACGGUCGGGGUUGGAAGAGUUUAUUCUGAUCUGA